AUGGACGACGAGGACCAUUUCUCAGCUAGCUCGCCCGAGUCGGAGCGAGCCGCCGAACCGGACGAGAUGAUGGACGAUGCUGAAGACGGCGACAACGACAUGGAGCAGGAUGAAGACAACAAUGACGACGACGACGAGAACAACGAAAACGACAACGACGACGAAGGCCACGGCGACGGCCAUGACGACGGCCAUGACGACGCUCAUCACGACGCUCAUCACGAGACGCAAAAGACGGACGAGGUUGGGCCCGGGUCCCAGUCUCUCAAGCCCAGUUCGCCGGCCCGGCCUGGCACCACCACCAUCUCCAAGCUCCAUCUUCGCCCGUCGAUACGGCCGGAAGCUAUUACAGCGCGGCUGUAUGACAUUGUGCCUACCAUGGCGGCCCCGCAGUCGACCAGCAUCAACGCCAUGGCCAUCACGCCCGACCUGCGCUACUGGAUAACCGGCGGCUCCGACGGGUAUAUCCGCAAGUACGAUGGCCCCGGUACAAUCAACGGCAAACUGGCAUUGACGGUGGCCCAGAGGCACCCGUUUGUCGACAGCGUCACCAAGGCCGGGAUCCUCAUGUCGUACUGGGAGAAUGAGGAGCCAGCAGCCCCCGGAAAGGGAGAACAAGACCACAUCCUGUCGCCGGUGUACUCCUUGGCCGUCCACUCGGAGGCGCUCUGGCUUCUCUCGGGCCUGGAGUCCGGAGGCAUCAACCUCCAAAGCGUGCGACACGACGAGGGCAAGAAGAUUGCGUGCCUGCAGCAGCACUCCAACGCCGUCAGCUCCCUGACGCUCGCCCCGGAUGAGAAGAGCGUGCUGAGCGGCGGUUGGGACAAGAACAUUUUUGACUGGGACCUGAACACUGGGCAGACGAUCCGGAGCUUCGACGGGUCGGGCGGUCAAAUUUCCUCGAUUGAGCUGCGGCCCGCAAGCGGUGACCCGGUUCCGGCCGAGGCGGACGAGCCGAUUCGGUCCACCACACUAUCCACCAACUCGGGCGCCCCGACGGCAAACGCCGUGCUCGGAGUCGGAGGCGAGUCUGGCGGCGGCCCUGGCCUUGGCCUUGGACUUGGCCGUGGCGGCGCCGGCGCGGGCUCAGGCGAAGGCCCAGGCCCAGGUGCAGGUGCGGGUGCAGACGCAGACGCAGACGCAGACGCAGACGCAGGCUCAGGCGCGGCAGAGGGCUUGGCUGGGUCGAGUCGCGAUGGCGAGGCGUCUCCCGCCCACGAAAGUCUCUUUGGGGGCAGCGAUGCGGGAAGUUUGUUUGGGGAGACGGCCGGCGAGCAGCCGUUUGGCCACGACGACGACGGUUUCGGCGCGAGCAUGGGCAUGAUGCCCGGCAGCCACGAGGGGCCCAUGGAUUACUCUGCCGAUUUCGCCAUGGCAGACGCAGGCAAGGGGGGGGAUUCCACCGAAAACGCAACCUCGGCACCAAACACGCAGCCGCCGCCGCCGCAGCAGGAGCAGCAGCAGCAGGAGCAGCAGCAGCAGGAGCAGCAGCAGCAGCAGCAGCAAGAAGAGGCACUCGUGCCGCAGGAACCUUUACCAGACGCCAUGGACAUUGAUGGCAAGGCCGCCGCCGCUCAGGUCCUUGCCGCUAACGAGGCUGCCACCUCCCCUACCACACAGGACGCGCAGACGGCCCACGGGCAAAGUCCGCGAGGAGAAGACGACAAGAAAACGACGGCCCAGACAGACCAAGCCGAGCAGUCUCCCGAGCAGUGGCACUCGCCAUCGGCAUCGACAUUCGCCCAAGCGCCUCCCCAGCAGCACGAGCAAUCGCAAACGUCGGCCACGACGUUUCUCUCGUCUGCCAUUGACGGCACGAUCCGCAUCUGGGACAGACGAGCACCCCGCGCAGUGGCGCGGAUCGGCACGCGACCCGGCGUUCCACCGUGGUGCAUGAGCGCGUGCUGGAGUCCGGACGGCAACAUGAUUUACACGGGCCGGCGGAACGGCACGGUGGAGGAGUUUGACGUGAGGAGGGCCAAGCGGGGGUGGGCGCCGGAGAGGACGCUCAAGUUUCCGGCCGGAAGCGGCGCCGUCAGCGCAGUGAGGAGCAUGCCGAAUGGGAGGCAUCUCGUCUGUGCCUCCCACGACAUCCUCCGUCUGUACGACCUCAGCGACACGCGCGCCUUCAAGCACUCGACGGUGCCGUUUCUCAUCAUCCCCGGUCCGCCCAGGGCGGGUGUCAUCUCAAGCUUGUACAUUGACCCGACGUGCCGGUUUAUGCUGAGCGCUGCGGGGACGAGAGGGUGGGAGGGGAGCAGCACGGAGGUGUUGAUAGGGUAUGAGAUUAACGUGGUGGGUGAGUGA